UGUGCAUUAUUCCACUGCAUGUUUCCUUCAUCUCUGCUCCAUUUAUGAUGGCAGAUAAAAGUCGUCUGUUCAUGUGACGAUCUCGGUUCGCCUGCUUUCGGCGAACUUCGUGUUUGAUCACCACCUUGCCUCUCCCUAAGCUUCAAGCUGCGGCCAGUGACCCGUUGAAGCAGCCAACAUGGCAGAGGAGGAGGAGCAGCAGAAGAGGAAGAAACACAAACACAAGGAGAAGGAUCAGCAAAAGGGUCCCAAGAACAAGCCGGCAGCGGAUCAGCCCCACUUCAAGUCGAGCGCCGACGUCAAAGGCCUCCGCUUCGGCGGCCAGUUUGUGGUCAAGUCCUUCACCGUCCGGCAGGCGGCGCCGCUUGAGCUACGACAGCUUCUGGACCUCCCUCCUCCCUGCGUCGGCCAGUGCCAGGCCCUCUCUCUCCCUUCCACCCUUACCUACGUGCCCACCAACUUCACCAUCCUCGCCCACCACGCCUGGCACACUCUCACCCUCGGCCUCGGCACCGCCAAGUCCAAGGCGAUCAUCUUCGUCUUCGACUCCGAGAGCACGAAGGCGGCGGCGGGCCGGCUGUGGCCGCGCGUGAUCCCCCUGGGCGACGUCAACCGGAAGCUCAUCCGGGGGCUCGCCGGCUGCGAGAUGUCGCGGUUCAAGUUCCGGAAGGGAUGCCUCACGUUCUACGUCUACGCCGCGCGGCGGCAUGGCGCGGCCGGCUUUUCCUGCGCCGACGAUCUGCGGACAAUUCUCGAGGCCGUCGUGGCCCUCAAAGAUUUCCUGGACCACACCGCCGUGCUCGCCCUCCCCAGCCAUCGAAGCAUCACCCUCCCCGUCGACCAAGUCGCAGUGACACACUGAGUUCACUGUGUUCCAUUCAUUGUUCUCAUUACAGAAACCAGAAUCGUGGGUCUCUCUCAGAGGCAGAGAGAUCAGUAAGUAGACUGCAUCUACAAGCUUUCUUUUAAGCUUUCCAACUGUUGUAAUGGCAGCUGAGUUCCAAGGAGAAGAUGAGCAGUCAUCCAUGAAAUGUAGGUAAGAGAAGAUGGAUGCUUCAGGAGGCAAAGGAAGGUGGCCUUUCACUUUGCAGAGGUAAAAGAAGGGACAUGUCGUCCUGCAACUCUCACCCUAACCAAAAGGGACGACGACACCACUUGUUGCUUUACUCAUGCUCAAUGGACCCAAUCUACGCCUCCUUUUGGAAGUGACAACACGCAGUGGAUUCGUCAUUCAAGUGUUCCCCAGCGCCAUUCAAUGCAGCAUGAAGAUCUUGUCGACCCCAACAGGCAUCAAAAGC